AUGAUGGAGGACGGAGAAAAUGAAGAGUUAUUUUUAGAGAAUGUUGAUAUUAACGAUGACGUGGUAACUUUAAGAGAUCUAUUUGAAAGGCGAAAAAUAUUGUUGCGAAAAAAGAAGGAAAUAUUGAAUAAACAAUAUUAUGCAAAUAAACUUGCUGCAGAAAAUCAGCAACAAGAACUAGUUUCCGUUCCUUUGUCAGGGGAAUUAGAGCAAGAACCUCCGAACCAAAAUUUGACAUCCGAAUUGACUACGCUUACAACAAUAUUGGAUACUACUACAACACAGAAUAGAGAUGAGAAUAUUACUUCUAUUGAUGUAAACAUUAAUAUAGUGGAGCCUAAUAAAAAUGACCUUGAAUUUUCGUCCGAUGAUUCAGUCACUGAUCCUUCAUUUAUCGCCCUCUCAGACAUAACAAAUUUAAAGCCACUAUCACCAGCAAAUACGGAGUGGUUUCCCGAAAGGGAAAUAGAAAAUACGGCGAAGAAAAAUGGAAGAAAGCGGAAAGGGAAUCCUAAUAACUGGAAAAGAAUAAUAAAUAAGGGGCAAAGGAUGAUGGGCGAGGAAUACAUUGGAUUUAAAAAAGAUGGCACUAAAUUCGUUCAAAAUGAUCCUAAACCCGCCAGAAUAAUGGGUCCAAUAUGUAUGUCGAAGAGAUGUUUCAGUGGUAAAGCUAUGUAUUGCCCAAAGCUAACAGAAGAAGUGCGGUCAGAAAUUUUUAAAACCUAUUGGAAAAUGAGUUGGCAUGAAAAGAAAAUGUAUAUAGCUUCAAUGGUGGAUAAGACACCUACAACUAGAAAAACUAAGAACUCAAAUUCAAGGCGCAGUGACACCAAAGUUUACUAUUUAAAAGUAAACGAUAAAAAGGAAAGAGUUUGCUUAAAAACAUUUUUGGAAACAUUGGGCAUAAAAGAAUGGACAGUUCGAUAUUGGCUAGGAAAGAAGACGACUAUCGACAAUGAAUCUGAACCAAGUGCUGUAGUAGCCACAGAAACAAAAAAAGAAUCAGCCAGAAAAUACUUGAUGGCGCUACCGAAACUACCGUCUCAUUACUACUACUCAGUUUCGCGAAAUGAACCUGUGGCCUCUAGGAAGGUAUUUGAAGGGGUUUUAUUCGAAGAGAACAUCAGUCUAUUUCAACCAAAGAAAGACGCAUGCGACCAGUGCUGCGCUCACAAAGCAGGUAACAUGUCAGAUGAGCAGUAUAUAAAACAUAUUGAGCUAAAAGACUUAGCUAGAAUUGAAAAAACCCUUGACAAAGAAGCAGCACGGAAAGGGACGAUACAUGCAUUAACAGCAGAUCUUCAAGCAGUCAAAUUGUGUCCUUCACUCAACGCCAGUGCACUAUAUUUUAAGACAAAACUUGCCGUCCACAACUUUACAAUUUACAACCUGGGAACUAAUGGAGUCGCGUGUUACUGGUUCGACGAGACGGCAUGCGACUUAAAAGCUACUACAUACGCAUCAUUUCUUGUAGAUUAUUUAACUAAAUUACUGGAAAAUGAUCCAAAGGAUGUAGUAUUGUUCACAGAUGCUGCACAGCCCAGAAUAGGAAUAAUAUUAUCUUUGUUAGGUUUAGAUGUAGAUCUUAGCUCGAUUACAGGCGACCAUCCCGUAUCUCUGAAUGAAAACAUUUAUCAUUAUCUUCUAAAUUCAGAACUGAACUUACAAAAUGAGCCAGAACUAUUUGCGAAUGAUUAUGACCAGAAAUUAGAACACAACGCAAAUGGUGGUGAUGGUUUCAUGUACGUUCUUGAUGAUGGAACACAGAUACGCGCUUCUCAAAUACAUUUUGACAACGAAGAUCCGCCUUUAGACUUAACAGCAGAAAAAAUACCAUUUGUUAAAUACUCAAAUGACAUCGAUGAGAAUGAGGAUGAUGAUCUAAACAUUGAAAAUACUAAAAAAAUUAAUAUUAUUGAAAGUCCAGUAACACGUUGGUCGAGUGGAAACUCUAGUCCUAAAUGCAGCUUCGUUAAUAGUUUACCCUUUAGACUUGUUUGUUCGAACACGUCUAAUUUUGAAGCCCAGUUUUCUAAAUAUUUAGAAUCAAGUUCAUCAAAAACUUAUGCAACGUUAAAUCCAGUUGCUAAUAGCAAUAGGUCCCCGAGAAGUUUAAUUAAGGACAAUUAUAAAAACUAUGAAGAUAACUUUCAGACUCAGUGUCGCAAAGAUGAUUUCACAAAUUUUACACGCGAAGAAAUUCUUAAUAUGUUUAAAGACUCUCCUGUUACAUCCCUACCUUACGAAGAAAAUCAAAAUAAUAACGAAAAAAGACGUCAUGUGCGUAAAACUGAUCCUUCUCGGUUACACAAAAAUUGGCAUAAUAAGCCUGUACCCUACAUAGAUAUAAAACCUGAGGAGAAAAAUGGACAAAAUUGUUUUAUUUGCGGAAAGAUUGACAAUACCGUGGAAAAAUCAUAUUUGUUUGAUAAUGAAGAUCAAAAAUUACACAGAUGUUCUUCGCCUAAGAAAUAUCCAACUCAACUUAAAAUUAUAUGCGACCAGUGUUUAGCAACAUAUUUUAAACCGUGUGACAUGAAAAGUCCUACACAAUCCCUUAGAUCCAAUGAAUAUCUUGUCAUUAAAAAUAAUCAACAGUACAUCUUCGAAAAAGUAAAUAACUUCCAAGUGAUCCAGGAUUCAAUAAUUAUAGAUGUAGAAUCGCCCAAGGAUCCUCAAGAAAGUGAUAAACUUGAAUUCGUAAAGGUCGAAAUAGGUUCUGAUGGAGAAAUAGUAACAAAAUGUAUUGAUAACGACACUAGAUUUUCCGAUGACGUUAACAUUAUAAAAGAUGAGAUAAAGGAUGGUUCUAGUGAUGUUGAAAUCAUAGAGCGUGAAGCAGAUAUAGAUGAUAACAUAAUAGACAAUUUGGAAGAAGCUGACGAGGACGUUAAAGAAUUUUUGGGAAUUUAUCAGUAUGACAAUAAUGAUAAAAUAAAAGAAUUAAAAUGCAGGUUUUGUGAUCGUAUUUUUGAAGAAAUUGCCAAGGUGAUAGAACAUGGUGAAGAGCACAAACAUAAUUUAGACGAUGGAGAAGUAUUUCCGUGUCCGCUAUGCGAUUACGGUUACGCUAAUUUUAAAUGGCUCAAAGGGCAUCUCAAGGCGGUUCAUGAUAAGGUGAAAACGUCUGAAAAUAACGACGAUAAAGGGCAAGCAGACAAUUCUGCAACAUCACCGAAAUCUUCGCCAGUCGCCAAGAGAACUAGAAGUGCAAUAAAAAAGGUCGAAACUGAAAACGAAAAAGAGAUCCCGGACAAGACUGCGGAGUGUACAAACAAUUUUACCACGAAACUUGAAUCCAAUGACUCUACGCUGACUGUCAAAACUGAAGUGAAACAGGAGUGUUUGGAUAGCAGCGAUGACGAGGCGAUAUGGAUCUUGCAAACUGUUGAUCAUGAGACAUCUGAACCCCUGGAAAAUUUGUUGAAGAUUGCCACAAUGAAGAAUGAAGAUCAGAAAAGCGAAAUAAAGAAAAAACACAAGUGUGAUAACUGCAGCCGAAUAUUUCCUAAUUCCGAAAGCUUGACCAGUCACAAGUGCCGCCGACGUGGCAGGAAGCGGAAAGACCCGGCCAAGGACGAUUCUGGCAUAUGUGUACCGUCUGAAGAAGAUUUUUACAGGAGAGCACAAGGCAGACCUAGACAGAAGCAGCAAGCUAUUGAUAACGAUUUGCUGGUAGUGAGACCUCGCAAGAAGAGGAAUCGCGGCUCCACCUCCGACCCGCAGUUCGUCACCUGCCACAACUGUAACGAGUCGUUUACGUCGAAAGUUAGACUAAAAUUUCACAUGCAGUUUCACGACACUACAAAACUCCUCACGUCUGAGGGGAAGUACGUUUGCCCAGAAUGUGAAGGCGCCCACUUCCCAACGGAGAGCGAACUCUUUGACCACGUCCACUUCCAGCACCACAAACAGAAUCGCUGGCAGUGCCCUGUUAAAGACUGCGGAAAGACGUUCUUUUUGAGAGCGACGUUGACGAAGCACAGCCGCACGCACACGGACACGCGCCGCUACGUGUGCGUCACGUGCGGGAAGCGCUUCCUUGACAAGCAGACCUUGGACGAACACGGUGUUACGCAUCUGCAAAUAAAGCCAUUCCAGUGCCACAUCUGCCUAAAGCAACUUACACGAAGGUCGAGACUGCGAAUGCAUCUGCGCGCUCACGAGGAGGAACUGUCGCCCAGUCUGGUGCUGGUGUGUGCGGUGUGUGCACGCGCCUUUAGGGACACUCAAGACGCCGAGGAACAUGCCAGCAAAUCGAAAGAGUGCGUGGAGCAAUUGAGUCCAGCUGUUAAGGAAGUAAAUGAAGCCACAAUUCAGCUGUCGCCGACCAGUGGCCUGGUAACACACACUGUGUCAAUUUUCGCGAAGUUUCCUCAAGCAGACUGUGGACCAGAGGGCGAAGCAUUGUUAUCAACGCUCACCGACUUCGCGAGGAUAAUCAUCAGAGUCGUCGAAAUCGAGAAAGCCUUCCGGUGCGAGUACUGCGAAGAUGUGUUCUAUUUGGAAGACGCGCUCAACAGCCAUCGCGUGAUUCACAAGGGAGUGAAGAAUCCCUUUACUUGCCACAUCUGUAAAGUCAGUUUCGCCACGUAUUCCAGAUGCACUACCCACAAGACGACACAUGGCUUCUACAAGCGUUCCCUGGCCGAUUGCAAGAAGCAGACAAAGUGCCCCGGUAGACCGGAAGCCGGACCAUCGGCUACGGGCAUCCUUGGAUAUGGGGGCUUCCCUGUCGUCAAACACUUCUUAUGCGAGGACUGCGGUCGUUCUUAUCUACACUGGACUUACCUACAAGUGCACCGUCGCAUGAAGCACGCGAACGAAAACUACCUCUACAUGUGUAACCAGUGUGAGCUUACGUUCCUAAACAGUUGGAGUUUGGCGUAUCAUAGAAAAAAGAUGCAUGGAAAUACCGGACAAGAAGAUGCAGGCGGUGCAAACAAGGUUGCUAGGAAUGAUUACAGAAUACCGUGCCGUGACUGUAGCGAGGUGCUACCAAACAAAAAUGCGCUGUAUGCUCAUAGACAAAAAGAGCAUAGUACCAUGAGCGAUGAACAAGGCUUGGAGGAAGCCGGCGGUGUUACGCAACGAGCGCGUGGAACAUCGUGCUGCAAGUGCGGUCACAGCUUCACUGAACACACCGCACUGCAGCGACAUCUCAAGGAGGUCCACGGCCACGAAAGUGAGGUCCGUACUGGUCGGGCACACCCGUGCGGAGUGUGCGGGCGCGUGUUCCGGUCCGCGUCCGUACGCAACGAGCACCUGCGCGUGCACACCGGGGAGCGGCCCUUCCCGUGCGACGUGUGCGGCGUCGCGUUCCGACGGUCGACCGCGAUGCGCAACCACCGGCUCAUCCACUCGGACGUGCGCGCGUGGGCGUGCGGCCGCUGCCCCAAGCGCUUCCGCAUCCGCUCCGACCUGCGCACGCACUUGCGACUGAAGCACCCCACGCAGCUCAUUGUCAUCGAGGUCGCCGGUUUGAAUCCCACUCAAGAAGAACUGAAGCAACAUCUCCGAAACAACAACAUUCCGCAGGACCGCAUCAUCGAGAUUACCAAAAUGUCAUUUGAGAAGGGUAGCAGCAGUAUAGUGCCGACGAGCGCGCGGGCGCUGUCCCUGCUGAGUGCCGUGCCCCGCACCAAGAUCACCUGCGAUGCUCCCACACCAUUGAAUGCAGAAAUGUUCCAACCAGCCCGUCGUGGUAGAGGAAUUGCUAAGAAUCCAAGGAGACCGAAAAUCCUACAAGGUUCCCAUGAUGAGGAGAAUUUGGCCACAAAUUAUCCCAUAUCCAUUGACGCCAGUGGCGAGGAGUUAUCAGAGCUAAAUGUCCAGCUGCUGCUGCGUGAGGGGGCGCUGGUGAACGGAAACCAGAUGGUACAGCUGCAACUGGAGGAUGACAUGCUUCUAGAAUAA